AUGAAAAAAAUUAGAACUGAAACUGAAAUAAUGAAACUUGAGAGUCAAACUUUAAUCUAAAGAUUUAAGAAAGUCAAAGAAUAGCAAGAAUAAAAAAAAAAAUAUUCGCUUUUGUAAACCAUAAAGAAUCCUUAUGCUUAGCAAUACAUUAAUUUUAGCAAAUAAAUAUUUAAUUUAAUACAUAAUUUACAUUAAUUAAAAGUAUCGAGAUUAAAAUUAUUAUAUUUUAGGAAUAUUUAAACAAUUCGAGAAAGAUGUUUUAAGUAGUAAAGAAUUUAAUCGGCAUGAAAAAGAAUUUAAAAAAGAUCUUAUUAAAACAAUCAGCCGAUGAGUUGAUUGAUUUUUAAGACAUAGCCAAAAUGUGUUGUAUUCGUGAGAUACAAUAUAUCAAUGGGGAACAAAGAAUGAUAGAUAAAUUUGAUUUGUCCUUGAUGGAUGAUCUUACAUACAUGAGCGAGGCAAUCGAAAAUUUAUUAUUAUAAAACAAACUAAAUGCAAUCAAAAGAAUGAGUGACAAUGUACAUAUCUCAUAAUAAUAAAUCUUAGAUUUUAAUUGAAGAAUACGAAAUAUCAAAACUAAGAGAAUAACUAGGAAUGAGAGAAGAAGAUCAAAAGCUAUCAAUCUCUACUUUGGCAAUGCAAAGAUUUAAACCUCACCUAGAAUUGGAUAAUAUAGAAUAAAGAUUAGGAUAAUUAUCUUAAAUACCAAAACAAUACAGAUAAACCUCAUAAGUUUUAUGUGAAAUAGUUGAUAAAUUAAACGAAUGA